AUGUACAAAUCUCAGGAAGCAUUUUUACAAUCACUCGUAAAUAAUGAUCAAAACCUUUGUCAAAGAUUAUUAAAGGUGGAAAAAUUUGGUGGAAUCGCUGUUCUCUUAUUGGUUCUUUUCCAACUAGCACCCGUUCAAACUGAUUUAAUCUUUAUUCGACAGUGUGGAAUAA